AUGAUCCAAGGUGCGGGCCGAUCAUCUUCAUCCUCGAACGCAUCACGAUCAAUGUCUCAACAUUCUCGGCAGCAAAAUCAACAACCCCCUUCACUUAAGCAUGAGGCUGACGAUGACGAUCUCGACGACAUUGAUGACAUGGACGACAUGGAUGACGAUGACCAUUCCAGUACAUUUUCUCAACAACCUAAGCCAAAACGUCAACGCGUUUCCAUCGCCUGCGAUUUAUGCCGUAAAAAGAAAAUCAAGUGCGAUGGGAAAACACCAUCGUGUUCAUCUUGCGCUGCAAACAGAUUACCAUGCGUCUACGCCCAACCAGAACGAAAACAAAAACAAAGAAAGAGUCGAGUUAGCACGCUCUCUCUCUUGGACUCUAGGUUGCGUCGAAUCGAAACGCUCCUCGAAACCGUGGCCCCUUUAAUUGAACAAAACAUUCCGCAGUUAGUUUCUCUUGCUAGCUCCGCGGUCAAAAACCAAUCUCUGAUCACUAAUACCAACAGACGACAUCGACACCGUAAAAACCACCACCAUCAAAACCAAAAUGACUCUGACCUUGAUUCCGAGGAUGCUCAGCUCACAGACGACCCUAACUCGGAUGAAUCUUAUAGCAUUGUAAGUACAACAAACGGCGACAGCGAUAGCGAAAGCGACGACCUCGACAAACAUGGUCCCAAUGUAAAACUCGAGAAAAAUGAUAAUACCUCGGCUUGUGUUUUUAAUGAUGAACAUGAUACCUCAAAGAAACAGCGCAAAACCUUACCAGCAUCUCAAAGCGAAAAGCUGAAAUCAACGGUUGAUACAACUAUCAACGCUUCGAAAACGAAUCAGCAUGGUUCUUUAGCCUUGUCAACAGCUGCUACAACAUCAACAACACCAACUGCAUCUUCAACAAAUGAUACUACAGGGAAAUCAGUUAAUGUCAAAUGGAAUGUCCCUAAUCUGCCCGCAGGAUCUUAUAUUGCUUCAAAAUUUGACCCAGCUCGUGCUCCUCAUGUGGAACCUAGUAAUAUUGCAUCUGUUACUGUACUCAACGGCUUUGAGCAAAUAUACUUUGAAGGUGUUUCACUCAUUUUUUGUUCAUCACAUGGCUUUGGGUGGAUUUCACGUCAGCUUGAAGACCGUGCGCUGUAUGGUCAGCUUUCUCUUGCAUUCCAAGUUUCUCAAGAAAACACAAAAACAAAUCUCACAAAUCUUUUAGACAGUUCCACCUCACCCAUUACUUUUGAUAAAGAUAUUGUGCUACGAGGCUUUCAAGAGUUUAUUUCAGGACUUGGACUUUGGAAUGUUUUCUCUCUCGAGGAGCUAGAUUUCAUGUAUUUUAACGAGUUUGGCUCUCAUAUUCCUCAAACAGAAAAAUAUCAACAUGCUCGCGAGUAUCAAAAAUCUGUAAAUAAAAAAUUUGAAGAAUACGCGGAGGAAAUUCGAAUUAACACCAAAAGCCACCCUGCCACAGAACCAAACAUCCCCUCGGCGUUUGGAACACCAACUGGGCUAAAUGGUUAUGCAGAAAAGCUUUGUGUUGCUGCCAUCACAGCAAUGGGCCUAUCCCUCGAAAUAAAUAGCCCUGGGUGGGUCCCCGAAGGCAUGCCUAAACAAGCCUACUAUGAACUCGUCACAAAAUAUAUAACAAGCGGCAUUUACUAUCUCGAGAGGCUGGCUCUCGCUGGACACUCUAUUCUUGCAGUCAAGGGCAGUCUUUUGCUAGUAUCCUUGACCACUUGCAGCCCCAACUUUGUGCCCCCCUGGUCAUUGCUUUCCAUCGUUGUACGCAUUGCUCAAAAUCUGGGGCUCCACCGACGUGAGCAUUAUGAGAAUUUGCCCCCAGCAGAGUUGGGAUAUAGAUUACACGCUUGGUGGCUGCUAUAUUGCGUCGAAAAGGACAUUUCUCUCAAGUUUGGUCGGCCUUCUACUAUUUUUGAUGGCAAUAUUUCCGCCCCAUUGCCUUGUCGCAUUGAGUUUGAUGUUCUUUCACAACAUAGUUUCUCCAACUUUAAUUUCUUGUUGCAUUUUGUCCUCAUUUACAGGCUCUGGAACCGAAUCCACAUUGAGCUUACUCAAUCUCGCCAACAAUCAUCUCGUGAAGCAUUGCUCAAAAUUCUGGACUUUGAUCGCGAGCUAGAAAAGUGGAAAAACAGCUUACCAUUAGCUCUCCAACCAGACUCUAAGGAAAUGCCUAUCCAACUUAACAUUAGCGCAAAGUUUAACAUGCACGACUGGAUCUUCCGGUUUGGCGUGACUUAUUGCCACGCAGUCUACUACUAUGCUCUCUCAUAUAUUCAUAGACAUGUUGCAAGCCGUCCAAGUUGGAUUUUCCGUGUGACUCGAGUUUCCAAUUCUGAAGAAGAAAAGUCUAAUGGAGCUUCUGAUAAUGCGUCUCCUGCACUUUCGUCACACACUGAUUCGGAAAAAGAUCUUGAGCAAUUUGACACCGAAACAGUGGCCUCACUUUUGGCAGAAAUGCGCAACGGUUACAAAAUGGGCACAGUUUAUAAGGCACGCACCAAAAAUGGCAUCAAGUUAUCAGUGCGCCGAGUUGCUAAGGAGAAUCCGCGACUUUUAGGAUCACCAUACUUAGUAGCCGAAUACUCGCGGAAAACCAUUGUGAGUAUCAUGCGCCUUCACCCGUGGACCAUUCCUUACAUUUGGCGCAUUUCAUAUUUUGGCUUUAACGCUUUUCUUGGUCUUUUCGUAUCGAGCUCUUUCCUUUAUUCGAGCGAUGAGGCUGUUUCCAACAUUUUUUACAUGCGCAAUCUGAUUGAUGUGUUGGAGAGACUUUUUGAAGAAACGCGCGGGUUCAUGUUUAUUUACCAUCCGGAUCGCAUGCUGCGCACGAUGGUGGAUGGAAUCACGGCUCACGUUGAGCGGAAACGUCGUGAAUUAAAUCUCAAAGACCCAGAUAUGCCAGAAAUUAUAACUUCUGAGGAUUUGCGCAAAGUGAGCCAGGAAAAGACGAGCGAAUGGCUAAACAACAGCACGAAUAGACGAGUAUCUCCAGAACCAGCUCCAGCUCCAUUACUGAGGACACAUAGUCAACAGAAGUCAAAGCCAAGCCAAGGUCUUAAUAAACGGUUUACUCAUUUGACUGGUGAGUACAUGGCUGCGCAGAAUAGUUCUGAGGAUAACACACAUCCAUUAUCUUUAUCUCCACCAUUGCCACUUCAAAAACAACAGCAACAGCAACAGCAACAGCAAUUGCCUUCAAAUACUCCUAUACAUGGACCUUCUCCUAUUUUGGCAACUGGAAAAAAUUUACAGCCUAAUAGCCCUCAGUUUUUAAGCCCACAGGUUUCGACAGGUCCUGAUGCAUCGCCAGCAUACUCGUCAUCUGGGUUACAUGUAUUAUCUCCACUUUCUGGAACAACUCCGCUCACAGAGUUUUCUGCGGCCCCUACUGGAUACUCUGAUGCUCAAAGACCCGGAUAUACGACGGCCGCUACUAACACUAAUAUCCCUACGUCUUCGAUUCCACACUCUGUUUCUGGUUCUCAUUCACAGCAAAACCAACAACAGGCUCUUCCGUCACAGCCCACAACAGAGUAUCCUGGAAUCCCGCUUAUGGACCCGUUUACAACAAUGACUGCAGAUACAAAAAGUGGGGAUCCGUUUGGGGGUGUCCACUUUAUGGGGUCUGGCUCGUGGGCCAAUGUGGAUUCAAUGUACAAUUCCAUGUUCGGCAUACUCCCAAUACCUGUAUCAACAGAGGGUGCGCCUAGUGGGACUGGAACUGGUUCUAUGACUGGCGAGUCGCAAGGAACUGAUAGGCAUGCUGGAGGAGGAGGAGGAGGAGGAGGAGGGGGAGGAAGUGGAAGCGGAUACGAUGGUGCUGGUGAGAAAAGGGGAAGCUUUGGGCGCACCAGCUUCGGAAUGGGGUUUGGAGACUUUGAUGCAUUUGGGGGAUUGUUCCCUGAGUUUUCAAACACUGAAACUGUGAAUGGACCUUCGUCGUCUGUUAAUACAGCUGUUUCUGCAACUACGGUGCCUGAUAUUCACAGCGCUGACAGUACAAGAAGAUGA